UAAUGUUAAUAUUAAUUUUUUUGUUUAAUUACUAAAUAUAAGAUGAAACAAUGAUUCUUAAUAUGUAUACGUUAUAUAUCUAUUUUAACGAAUGUCAUUUAUAUUUCUCUACUGCGCAAUUUAUUUUCCUAAUUGAAAUAUAGUAACGGGAAGUCUAUAUUUAUUGGUAAAAAACCUGAAACCAUUAAUAAGUCUUAAGACAGACACAAUAUAGUUGUUGUUUACUUUUAUAUAUCUUUAUUAAUCAAUAAAACUGUCAUGAAAGGUAAAGUAAAACUUUUAACUUUUGAUGCUACAAAUACUUUACUAAAAUUAUGUGUAUCACCAUGGAAAUUCUAUGCAAAUGUAGCAGAAAAAUAUGGUUAUCAAAUACAUGAAGAUGAAAUUAAGAAACAGUUCCUAUAUACUUACAAAAACCUGACAAAGAAGCACCCUAAUUUUGGAAAGGAAUCUAUAUUAUGGGAAAAUUGGUGGAGGGAAAUUGUUCAAGGAACUUUUGAAGGGAAGAUAAAGGAUAAUGAGCAUAUUAAAUGUAUUGGUAAUAAACUUAUACAAGACUAUAAGUCACCAAAAUGCUGGUUUCCUGCAGAUGGUGCCGUUGAUCUUUUAGAACAUGUAAAGUCAAAAUGUAUUGAUAUAGGGAUUGUGUCUAAUUUUGACCCACGUCUCCAUGAGAUAUUACAGAGUUUGAAUUUGUCAUCAUAUUUCAAGUUUAUUCUGACAUCAUACGAAAUUGGUUAUAGCAAACCUGAUAAAAAAAUUUUUGAUUCAGCUAUUGAACAUAGUAAAUUAAAUUUAUGUACAGAUGCAUGCUUGCAUAUUGGAGAUGAUUACGAGAAAGAUUAUCUCGGGGCUACAAAAGCUGGAUGGCAAGCAUUCCUUGUUACAAACAACACUAGUGGCCUAGAUGUUAUAAACCCAUUGCAUUGUUUCAAAAAUUUGCAAGAAUUGAAAAUGGCUAUAGAAUUUCAGGACAAUUUUAGUUAAUUAUAGAAUAUUAAAAUAUGAAUAAGUUUAAUGUUGUUUAGUUAUCAAAACUAUUUAUUGACAUACAUUUGUAUUUUGAGCUUAUAGCAAAAUAUCUAGUAAUAGAUUAUUAUUGAAUAAAAGUUUUAAAUUUUAA